UCAUUCGCGACGGGGUGCGGGGGCUUCCAGAAGAAUCUGGUAACUAAUCAGCCAUCUGCUCACCGCGCAGCGAAAACUGGAAGGGCCUGGAUAACGCGAAGAAAACACCAGGCGUCGACGUCCAGAAACUGUCCUAAAAAAUCCCGUAUUUGGGGAGAGACGACUACACGCGGGAAAAUUCACAGCCGGGAAGGCGACGCUCCAGGUCCGACGCGCGCCCUCCACGCGGGUGGGCGUAGGCGCGCUCUUCCCGCCUGCGUCCUGGGAAACCGCGGCCUGACGGGGCGGGGCGCGCGGCGUGCGGGCCGGCGCGGGGUGUUCUCGGCGGCCGUCUGCGCCUGCGCCGCGCCACCGCGCCCCCGCGCCCCGCAGGGAGGGAGGCCCGGAUGGAGGACGCGGAGACGCGCCGUUGCUAUGGCAGCUGGGGCCCGGCCGCCGAGGGAGCGGGGGCCGGGGUCUCCCUCGCCCGCCUGUCGGAGCUUAGAAGGCGGAGCAUUAUUCUUUAAUAAACAGAAAAUGGAUGAAAGUAAAGAUAUGGACUCAAAAGAAAGUGGAGACUAUGAAGAUGACUUUGAAAAGGACCUGGAAUGGUUAAUUAAUGAAAAAGAAAAAAGUGGUGCCAGCAUAAUAGAGAUGGCUUGUGGGAAUGAAGAGAAUAUUAAUCAAGAAUUAAAAGACAAUGAAACAGAAACAGAACACACAGAACAGAAUUCUGAUCCUGACAAAUCUUUGAAGGAUGAAGUUUCACCAAGAAGAAAUGCCUUCAUUUCUGUCCCAAGUAUUCAACCUUUGGAUUCCAUAUCAGAUUCAGAUAGUGAAAACUCUUUCCAGGAAUCCAGAAUGGAGAGCCAGAGAGACCUGGAGGAGGAAGAGGAUGAGGAAGUAAGGAGAUAUAUUAUGGAAAAAAUUGUAGAAGCCAACAAGAUUCUACAGAAUCAAGAACCUGUGAAUGAUAAAAGGGAACGAAAACUUAAGUUCAAAGACAAAUUAGUUGAUUUGGAAGUUCCUCCACUGGAAGACACUGAUUCUUACAAAAAUCAUCUUGAAAAUGAAAGUAGUAUGUCUGGAAAACUGUCACAGUUAUGUAUUUCCAAUGAAUUUGGACAAGAAAAUGUGCUCCUGUCACUCACUGAUGGAAAUUGUGAAGAGAACAAGGAUAGGAAAAUACUAGUUGAGAGAGAUGGAAAGUUUGAACUUCUGAAUUUACAAGACAUUGAGAGUCAGGGGUUUUUGCCCCCCAUUAAUACUAAUGGUACAGAAAAUGAACCUCACCAGUUGUCAUCUAGGUCUUCCAACUCAAAUGUCAAUGGUGUCAACAAAGAAGAGCCUAUAGCAAUGAUUCAUGCUGUUGCUCAUUCAUCAGCAGAAGAGCCACUGGCUUACAUCCCUCAGCCACCAACCAACCCCAAGACACGUCCAAGCUCUGCUGCCAACUCAGAUCGAAGUAAGGGGAACGGGAAACCCAGUCACAGAACACAGUCUGCAAAUACCUCUCCAGUGACCUCAACAUAUUGUCUUUCUCCUCGACAGAAAGAACUGCAAAAACGGCUAGAACAAAAGAGAGAAAAGCUAAAGAGGGAGGAAGAACAAAGAAAAAUAGAAGAAGAAAAAGAAAAGAAAAAAGAGAAUGAUAUGGUAUUUAAAGCAUGGUUGCAAAAAAAAAGAGAGCAGAUCCUAGAAAUGAGGAGAAUUCAGCGAGCAAAGCAAAUUGAAGACAUGAAUAGCAAGCAGGAAAACAGAGAUCCACAACAAGCUUUUCGAUUAUGGCUUAAAAAAAAGCAUGAAGAGCAGCUGAGAGAGAGAAAGACAGAAGAACUACGGAAGCAGGAGGAAUGCUUAUUCUUCCUUAAAGGGACAGAAGGCCGCGAAAGGGCCUUUAAACAAUGGCUACGAAGGAAACGGAUCGAAAAACUAGCAGAGCAACAGGCUGUCAGAGAAAGAACUAGGCAGCUCCGACUAGAAGUGAAGCAUUCGAAACAAUUGCAGAGCCACCUAUAUAUGUCAGAAGCUAAAGCUUUUCGUUUUACUGAUCAUUAUAACUGAAAGUAUCUUAAAUACUUCAUUUGGAAGCUGCUACCCUCAGAAGUUUGUAUAUCAUUUCUGAUGGCCUGUGUGCUUUGGUCAUACUCUAAAUUAUGGAAAUGCCAUUUAUCUUUUAGUGAUACUGACAGUGAAUUUGUCUUUUUUUAACACAACAAAAUAAAUUCCUUCUCUUGCAUC